CACAUUUCCUCCUCCAACUAUAGAACUGGAAGCAGGAGAUUCUUCGCCAACACGGAAAUGAUCAGGUGGUCCUUCCUCCUCACUCUGCUGCUUCUGCUGGGGGCAGUUCCUGUGCCAGGAAUGCCAACCUCCAGGAGAGGGCACUGUCUCUGUCGACGAAGAAAUCUUGUCUCCAUCCAAUUUCAUCUUAUUGCCGAAGUGGAAUACCACCGGCCAAGUGCCAGCUGUGAUCAAGAGGAGCUGAUAGUCACAUUCAAAAGCGAUGGGAGAAAAAGAUGCUUGAAUGUUAACUUGGGCCAAGGCAGGAAAAUAAAAGAGGCAAUUAUGAAGAAAAAGAAGUAAAGAUUGCCAAACAGGAAAGAAAGAGAAGAGUGUGGGGGAAAACUGACAUUUCCCAGCCAACGCCAUGAACUUUUUCAAUACAGGAGAGAACAUCUGGUGAAGAAUAUUUAUGAUACCUUCACGUGUAGAAAGAAGGCUGUGACGGAAUGGCCCUGGUUUGCCUACCAGACCCCGUUCCCCUUUUUGGAGGGAGCUAUUUCUCCUCCGGCCACUUGGGCUCGCUGCCACCACCUGCUCAGUCUAGGGGUUCGGAUUGAGAGGAACAGGACUCCCAAUCCCCCUCUCCAGCUAUGAGGCCAGGCCUCAAGGUCCUCUGCCACCCUGUACUUGGGUAUCACAGAGACCACAGCACUUCUUCGGGGAACCCCUGGAGGAUUGGCACCUUAUCCAACCACAGGCCUUCCCCCUUUCCCCGGGCCCCCCUUCAUAAAGCGUGGUCUAAAGCGGUUGGGGAUCUCUGUGGUACAAAGUUUGACUGCCAGCAUUCAAAACAGUAAAAAUAUUUAAUUAGAAGAGAAAAAGGAAAGAAAAGAAAAAAAA